GGAAAGCGCAAGGUUAUGAAGCGGGCUUUUGACCGAAAAACAACACAGCCUGUCCACUGAUUGUCACCGUAUUACUCGUAAUGCACCUUGAACGCCGAACCAAGCCCAUUUAAAGAAUGCUCCCCGCCUCUCUCGAUGUUUGAGGAGUGGUGUCGCCAGAACUCGCAACCAUGGCGCCUACGUACAAGACACCAUUCGCACUGAUCCUCGCAGAGCUGGCCAUUUCGACCACGUCAGUGACUCUCUUUGGUGUCAUGUACCCAGUGGAAUUCAGAUCACGGCUAUGGGAGAACGGUGGCGAACAAGGAUGGAACUCCAACCCUAACAAGCGGAUCUACUAUUACGCCAACCAUCAGGAGCCACCUGAAGUGCCUCUGAUUUGGAGUCAAAGACUCUACACCUCGAACCUCGCCAUCGCCAUUCUUGGGUUGGUCGUCUUCUUCGCUCGCACCGCCAUGUCACAUCUUCGAUACCUCCCCCGCUACGUGAAUAACAUCUACGAUGCGAUUCUUCUCGCGCUCUGGGCAGUGAGCAUUGCGGGCCAAACGUCGAGCGACUUUACCGAUCCUGAACACCCAAGCCCACAUCCUUGGUACCUAACCAGAGGGUGUUCUGCGGCUUGGGACCGCAAUCAAGGGUAUUGCCAAAUCGCACAGGCAAGCUUUGCCAUGUCAGUCAUAGCUGCGAUGCUGUAUGGUGCGAGGUUGAUACGAGAGGCUAUGUUGAUAGCAUAUGAAAGAGGACAGCGUCACCAGUCAAGGUGGCCUGCCCAGGAUAUUCAAGAGGUGGAAUCAAUGGCGGGUGUAUAUAUGGAUGAAGGAGGGGAAUCCGAGGCUGAGUUUACAACAGAAGAGGACUGGCAGAGUAUGGCUUUGAGUCCGGUUCUAGCAUUCUUCCCAUCGUCAGGCAAUCGUUGGUAGAGAUAGAUCUGCUGGCCCAGUUGGAAACAGACCACCAGCUGAUGUCUGGGAUAGCACCUUCACAAUACAAGCAUAAUAUAUCAACGUCAAGACUUCAGGCUGCAAUUUGUGAUCGUCAUUUAGUUCUGAGACUUGCACUUUAGUGCCGACAAGAAGUAAUGAGUGGAUCCAUCGUUGGCCACCAUCCGAGUCCCCAUUCCCCGUGUCUCAUCCAUCAGGGUUCCCGUCGAAGGCGUUGAAGAAUAGUUUAUUUGUGCUUGAUUGGUAUACGUUAGUCCUCGGGCCGUUGAGACAUGCACCAGACCAGGGAGAACUUACAGGACAGCCGGCGCAGGUGCAGCUAGAGCCGCAGCCGCAAGAGCCAGAAGAAGCGCAUCCACAGCCAGACAUGAUGAUUGUUGUUUUGGAGGUUGGUGUUGAAGAUGUGUGUGUUUGUGAGUUUGUGAUGUAAAGUUGAGAUGUGGAGAGUUGAUCGAGGAGAAGGAAAAUAGCGGGCGGAUAAGAGGGGAGGUUCUUUUAAAAGACGGCAGAGGGAGAAGGGCAGGCUGAUUCACUGACAGUCAGUCAGAGUCACGGUGGGUCAAAAUCAGUGGUUCGCGCAGUUUCACACCAACCUGAGUUUCCCUUUGACCGCCUGAAACGGCUCCCCAAUGGCUCGAUUUCCCAAGCUUGGCCGUUCUCAUCGGCAGAUCUUCCCAACUGAGUGUAACUAAGGUACUUGGUGCACCUCGCUAGGAGGCGUCGAAUGACGUGGGGAGUCAGGAUCAUGGCACUUGAUGAUUGGUGCAGUCUA